AUUAAGAGAAAGAGGAGAGGGCAGAGGAGGGGAGGAAACUGCCUCCGGCCGCCCCGCCGGGGAAAAUCCCCACCGCUGUCGUGUCCCGGAGUGGGCAGGGAGCACGGCCCGGCCGUCUCGGAGGGGACUCACCGGGGCGGGAGGCGGCUCGGCUCCCCGGCUCCCCUCUUCCCCUCUUCCCCCUUCCUUGCCUUCUCCCCCCCCUUUUUCCCUCUCCCCUCACCCUUUUUAUUUUUUUUUAAAUGCAAACGCCGGGCGCGGAUUGUUGCACAUAGCCAAGCAGGAGCAAUCUCUGGUAGCGCACAAGGGAGCUGGUGGGGACUGUCCUGGGCGCAGGCAGGUGGAGGAUGAAUGGUGAAGCCGAGUGCCCUACAGACUUGGAAAUGACAGCUCCCAAAAACCAAGACCGCUGGUCUCAGGAGGACAUGCUGACUCUGCUGGAGUGCAUGAAGAAUAACCUGCCCUCCAACGAUGGGAGCAAGUUCAAAACCACCGAGUCCCACUUGGACUGGGAGAAAGUGGCUUUCAAGGACUUCUCGGGGGAGAUGUGCAAGAUGAAGUGGAUGGAGAUUUCUAAUGAGGUGAGGAAGUUUCGGACCCUCACAGAGCUCAUUAUGGAUGCUGAAGAGCAUGUGAAAAAUCCUUACAAGGGCAAAAAGCUCAAGAAACACCCCGACUUCCCCAAGAAGCCCUUGACUCCCUAUUUCCGCUUCUUCAUGGAGAAGCGGGCCAAAUAUGCCAAGCUACACCCUGAAAUGAGCAACCUGGAUCUCACCAAGAUCCUGUCCAAGAAAUAUAAGGAGCUUCCCGAGAAGAAAAAGAUGAAAUACAUCCAGGACUUCCAGCGAGAGAAGCAGGAGUUUGAGAGGAACCUGGCGAGGUUCAGGGAAGAUCACCCGGAUCUCAUCCAGAACGCCAAGAAAUCUGACGUCCCCGAAAAGCCCAAGACCCCCCAGCAGCUGUGGUACAACCACGAGAAGAAGAUCUACUUGAAAGUGCGUCCAGAUGUGAGUACGGCCACCACGAAGGAGGUGAAAGAGUCGCUGGGCAAGCAGUGGUCUCAACUCUCGGAUAAAAAGAGGCUGAAAUGGAUUCAUAAGGCCCUGGAACAGCGGAAGGAGUACGAGGAGAUCAUGCGUGACUACAUCCAGAAGCACCCUGAGCUGAACAUCAGCGAGGAGGGCAUCACCCGCUCCACCCUCACCAAGGCUGAGCGCCAGCUCAAGGACAAGUUUGAUGGACGACCCACAAAGCCACCUCCGAAUAGCUACUCCCUGUACUGUGCAGAGCUGAUGGCCAACAUGAAAGAUGUGCCCAGCACCGAGCGAAUGGUGCUGUGCAGCCAGCAGUGGAAGCUGCUCUCCCAGAAGGAAAAGGAUGCAUACCACAAAAAGUGUGACCAAAAAAAGAAAGACUACGAGAUUGAGCUCCUCCGCUUCCUGGAGAGCCUGCCUGAGGAGGAGCAGCAGCGGGUGCUGGGUGAGGAGAAGAUGCUGGGAAGCAACAGGAAAGGGGCAACAAGUCCUGCAUCCAAAAAGUCCUCACCAGAGACCGGCAAGGCCAGCUCAGAGAAGCCCAAACGGCCCAUCUCUGCCAUGUUCAUCUUCUCGGAAGAGAAGCGGAAGCAGCUGCAGGAGGAGCGGCCAGAGCUGUCGGAGAGUGAGCUGACCCGGCUUCUGGCCCGCAUGUGGAAUGACCUCUCAGAAAAGAAGAAGGCCAAGUACAAAGCACGAGAGGCAGCAAUGAAGGCGCAGUCGGAGAAGAAACAUGGCUCAGAUAAAGAGGAGCGUGGGAAGCUGCCUGAGUCUCCCAAGACAGCUGAGGAGAUCUGGCAACAGAGUGUCAUUGGAGACUACCUGGCUCGUUUUAAGAAUGACCGGGGGAAGGCACUGAAGGCCAUGGAGGCCACUUGGAACAACAUGGAGAAGAAGGAGAAGCUGAUGUGGAUCAAGAAAGCAGCAGAGGAUCAGAAACGAUAUGAGAGGGAGCUGAGUGAGAUGCGGGCCCCUCCAUGCUCCACCAACUCCUCAAAGAAAAUGAAGUUCCAGGGGGAGCCGAAGAAACCCCCCAUGAAUGGUUACCAGAAGUUCUCCCAGGAGCUGCUGUCAAAUGGGGAGCUGAACCACCUCCCGCUGAAGGAGCGGAUGGUGGAGAUUGGCAGCCGCUGGCAGCGCAUCUCCCAGGGCCAGAAGGACCACUACAAAAAGCUGGCGGAGGAGCAACAGAAACAGUACAAGGUGCACCUUGAAAUCUGGCUCAAGAGCCUCUCACCCCAGGAGCGAGCUGCCUACAAGGAACACACUACCAACAAACGCAAGAGCAUAGGGAAGAUCCGGGGCCCCAACCCCAAGAUGAAGCCAACGAUGCAGUCCAAGUCGGAGUCAGAGGAUGAUGAUGAGGAGGAAGAGGAGGAGGAGGAUGAUGAUGAAGAUGAGGACGAUGAUGAUGACAAUGGUGACUCAUCAGAGGAAGGCGGCGACUCCUCGGAGUCCAGCAGUGAGGAGGAGAGUGAGGAUGGGGACGAGAACGAUGAGGAUGAUGAGGAUGAGGAUGAUGAUGAUGAGGAUGACAACGACUCUGAGGGCAGCAGCAGUUCCUCCUCCUCUUCAGGGGACUCCUCUGACUCCGACUCCAACUGAUCCAACCAAGCUUGUAGUAACGUCGUUUGGUUUUUUCAGUUUUGGUCACAAAUUCCUGCCCUCCAGCUCCCCAAAAGUCCUUCCUCCUGCCCCCUUCCCCCUCUGUGUCCCUGUGGGAACCCCUCAGCCUGGGGAGCAGGGGUUGGAGAGACCCCUCCACCAAGCUCACACUAUGGAGAGGAGAAACUGGGGCCUGCUACUGUCUGGGCUGGGGGGAGAGGAGGGAGUGAGCCCCCCCCAUCCCUCCCAGCUCCUUUCCCUCUCCCCUUACUGAGGGAGGAGAAGAGAUUUUUUUUGUUUGCUAAGAUGUUAUUUUGGGAGGGUCGCCCCAUCCUCAACCCCUUCACAUCCUCACUACCAGCUCUGGACUUUUUUUUUUUUUUUUAAUUAAGAAAAACAUAAAUAGAAAAAAAAACCCAACCCCCCCAAACCUACCCUGCACCCCCUGUCCUGCCCCACAGACACAGAGCAUGAGCUGAGUUGCUCAGGACUCAGCCAUUGGGACAAUGUCUCUCUGCUCCCCCCAUCCCCUCUCUGCGCACCCCUCCUCCGUGCAACUCCCUGGCAUUCUGGGGGUGCCUCCCACCACCCCUUGUACAGAAGUUCACCGGGAUCUCCGCGCCCACAGCACUUGGGAGUGCCAACCACGCACCAUGACUGCCCGGUGUGAUGCUGGGGGUGGGGGGGAAUGGGGGGAUGUAUGAGCGUGAAUGCGGGGUUGGGAGGGCACCUGACUGCUGUGCAUGACCAAGGGGAGGCAGAGGGCUGCAGGCCCCUCGCUGUUGUCGGUGGUUGUUGUGCUGUUGUAUUUUAUUCUCUUUUUUUUCCUUUUUAUAAAAUGAAAAUUUUUUUUUUUCUUUGCCCCUUCCCCCCCUCCCCCGCCAUCUCUGGUGAAACUGCUCCUCUCCCUUCGCCUCAAAUCCCCAGUGUGACCAGCACUCCUCUCAUCCCAGUUACCCCCAGUUUGCCCCCCCCCAGGGGGUGCUUUUGCACCCCACUGGCCAUGCUGUAAAUAUUGGUGUGUUUUGGGUUUAAUUUUGGAGAGUCUCUGGGGGGAAGAUGGGGCCAUGGAGACCAAGGUGGAUGCAUGGGGGAAGAGGGGGGCUGGCAGUGCCUGUCUGGGGACACUCCCUCCCCACCUUUUGUUUUUUUUCUAAGCAGACAUGAGCACCAGCAAUCCCAUGGCACCUCCCUGCAGGUUUCCUAUGUCCGUCCAUAUAUGUGUGUGUGUGUGUGCGCGCGUGUCCCCAAACAUCUGGUGCACUUGGGGACCUCCUCCAGCUCCCCACUCUAGGGGGAGAGGAAUAAAGUUUGUCCCUUCUUGUCCCCCCACAUCCUGACCCUGGAGAGGAGCUGGGCUGGGGGACAGGAUUUGAGGGGCCCCAAGGAGGGGGAAGGGGCACCUGCUCCUCCUCUCCAGACUGGGGAGAGGAGUCUGGGGGGCUUUUACUCUCAAGGGCUUUAAUUUAGCCAUUUUUCUCUUCACACAAAUUUCAGCUCAGCAGGUAUCCUGGGGAGAGCAGAGCUGAGAGGGGCAAGUUGCAGGGUCGUUUCUGGCUGCAGGGGGAUGGGGAGGAGGUCCCAACCCUCCCCUGGGAGAGGAGUGAGGUGAACCCAAGUGCCCCUGCACAGACAAUUCCCCCUGGGCCCCCCCAGGGACUGGAGCCCCCCAAGAGAACCCGGCCAGUUCUGUGUGUGUGUGUGGUGUCCAUGUCCAUAUCUGUCUGUCUGUCCCUCUGUCAUUCCCCUCUCCUGACCUCCAUUUGGGAUUAUCCUUUCAUUUUCUUCCCAAUUUUUUAUUCCCCCCAUCCCCCAAGGAGAAACCCCUCCUUUUUUUUCUGCUGAAUGUACCCAGCACCGUCAUGUUUUAGUGGAUGUGGUUUUAGUAACAAAAAAAAAAAAAAAGGAAAAAAAAAACCCCCAACACGACACCCCCAGCUUUUUUUUUUUCUGUUAAAAAAAAACAAACAAAAAAAAACCAAAAAAAAAGAAAUUCUUACAGCGCCAACAAUGGGGGGGGAAAGGCGUUUGCGCUGCAAGAGAAUUGAACCUGAGUGCAUUUUGGCACUGCCACAAAAAAAAACCCAAACCCAGGCUCCUUUAGAUGGAAGUUUCUUGUGAAUUAUGUUAAAAAAAAAAAAAAGAGAAAAACAAGAAAAAAAAGAUCUUUUUUUUUUUCUAAUAUUUAAAGAGUGUUUUUUGUAGGUUAAAACAAAAAAUUUAAAAAAUGCCCAGUUGGAAUUUGUACAGCUGAGGAGGACACGGGGCUCCUGCUGCGGGCUCCCAGGCUGCUGUGCUGCAGUUUAGGUUUCCUUUUUUUCGUUGUUGUUUGGGGUUUUUUUUGUUGGUUUGGUUUUUGGGUUGUUUGGGGGGGGUUUAGGUUUUUUUUCUGGGUUUUUUUUUUUUCGGGUUUUCUGUUUUUUCGUUGUUUUGAGUUGGUUUUUCUUUUGUACAAUAAAGUGAAAAAUGAUG